UUGGUUGCAACUGGAGUGUCCAGCGUUUGAUACACGGGAUACAUGGGAAAUAAUCACACACACACACAAAAACUCGCAUUCCAGGCCAAAAAAACGAAGAUAUUUCCCGGUAAAUCCGUUCUCGGAUUCCCAUCGCUUGCACAAUGAGUGCUGGCACCCCAAAAUCGCUGGCAUCUUCGGGGAAAAAGCCCAUUCAGGAGAUCUGUCAUCCGCUUGGAGCCGAGGAGACAGCGUCGGUCCUCACACCCAGUCCAGAUGUCGGAAACACCAUUACCAGCAUCGGAGGGAAGGACCUGAGUCUGCCCAAUGGGACGCCGGUGGAGACAUCUAGUCCCGCCUCCUCAUCUUCCCUCCUGAACCGGCUGCAGCUGGAUGACGACCUGGAUGGAGAGACACGUGACCUCUUUGUUUCCGUCGAAGACCCGAAGAAACACGUCUCCACCAUGGAGACCUACAUCACCUACAAGGUCGCCACUAAGACAACGCGGGUGGAGUUUGACCUACCAGAGUACUCUGUCAGGAGGCGCUACCAGGACUUUGACUGGCUCAGGACCAAGCUGGAGGACACUCAGCCCACACAUCUCAUACCACCCCUCCCUGAGAAGUUUGUGAUGAAGGGGGUGGUGGACCGGUUCUCUGAGGAGUUUGUUGAGACGAGGAGGAAGGCUCUGGAUAAGUUCCUGAAGAGAGUGGCUGACCAUCCUGUCCUGUCCUUCAACGAACACUUCAAUGCCUUCCUCUCUGCUAAGGACCUGAAUAAGAGACAAGGCCUCGCCCUGCUCUCUAAGAUGGGGGAGUCGGUGAAGUACGUGACAGGGGGGUACAAGCUGAGGGGCCGACCCGUGGAGUUUUCUGCUAUGGGAGACUACCUGGAUAUGUUCACACAGAAGCUGGGUACUAUCGACAGGAUAGCACAGAGAAUCAUCAAAGAACAGUCAGAGUACCAGGUAGAGCUGCGUGAGUACGGUCCUGUCUACACUACCUGGGCGUUGUCGGAGGCGGAGCUACAGGGGCCUCUGGAGGGCGUGGCCAGCUGCAUGGCUAUCUGCUCCAGCGCCCUGGACGAACUCACCCAGGACAUGAGCGAAGACUUCCUGCCCGUGCUCCGAGAAUACGUCCUCUAUAUCGAGUCCAUGAAGGUACAGUAGAAUACAGUGCCUUGCGAAAGUAUUCAGCCCCCUUGAACUUUGCGACCUUUUGCCACAUUUCAGGCUUCAAA